UUCAGCGUCUUGUAGCUGUCGAUAAUGAACGUCGUGACGACGCCCGAGAAGAGACCAGCCUCAUCAGUCAGAUUCGGAAAGGGACUGAGAUUGAGAACGGUCAGACACGCACGAAGAUCAACAGGCCGUCCAUAUCACUGUGCCAGCCAUCGAUGAGACCUUGAUCGUACUUCUCCGCCUCGGAGAUGGGGACGCCCCAGAGUUUGUUCCCGAUAGCUUUCUCGCGUUCGGAAAACGCUUCAGCGGUAUCUUGUUUCUCUGUCUGUGGCUGGUCAGCUUGCGACAUGGUCCAAGACAAGAGGUGAACUGCUGUGUCUCGUGUUGCACGGCGUUUCUCCAUACACGCUGCCUCACCAGGACAAUGCCACGGCUCACAGCCCCUAAGCGCCCAGCGCCAGAGUC